CAAACCUCAUUACCAGCAAUUAGUAAGACCAUAUCCCACUCAUCUCCACCACUGGCAGUUUUUUUCCAUACCAUAUGAUUCCAUCUACUCUAUUCUCACAUUACCACCGCCACUCUCACCACUGCACACCAAAAUCUCCCACUCACACACACACUAUUGCUCCAAAACCAUUGGUUAAGUUUACCAUUUAUUUCAAUUUUUCUUUUCAUUACUCAUUUUCCUUAAUUACCCCAAUAAGAACCACCAACUUUUCUCUGUCAUCUUAAUAACAGGGGCUCACACCUCCAUUUCACAUCCUAUCCCCAAACAUUUAUUUAAUCUAACUAAACACUUAGUGAUUAUGACUUGUUUUAUUUUGCGCUUUUUGGGUAACUAUCUUAUCCUACGCACCCUCCUCGUGGUUGUUCCGACACUAAACCAGCUAGUCAUACCCAGCACGUGUUCGUUAUGCAAUGCCUAAUUUUUUAUUCAACAAUUAUUGAUUGACUCACUAUACAACUCAGUGGUCGCACUCACCUUCUACUAACACUUCUGAAACUUUCUAACUUCUUUCUCUUUGACUCUGACUCUGACUCACUGACUCAGUCUCAAACUCAACCAAUGACGCGAAAGGUUUCAAAUUUCUCCGAUCUGAUCCAAAGGGUCACCGCUUCGUGUCUUCUCAACCCACUUGUUCCAGUAAGAAAGGUAGUUGAAGACGACUCACCGUACGAAUCAGAAGAAAACAGAGACGAAGAAGAAGAAGAAAAUUAUCAUAAUGAUGAUGCUGAUGAUGAUGAAGAUGAAGGGUUUGAGGAAAAGAAUGACGAUUUCAAGGAAGACAAAAUGGUGGGGUUGAAGAUUUUGAAGGUGAAGCAAAUGGAAGUGUUAAUGGAGGAAGUUUUCGAAACGGUGUCGUCUAUGAAGAGAGCGUACGUGAAGUUACAAGAAGCGCAUUCACCGUGGGACGCGGAGAAGAUGAGGGUUGCUGACGUGGCCGUGGUCUCUGAGCUGAGGAAGCUUGCUGUAUUGAGGGAACGGUUCCGUCGGAAUGGCGGUGGUAAGAAGAGUAGUAGGAGAAGAGGCUUUGGUGUGGCGUCGGUGAGGGAGGUGGUGGCGCCGUAUGAGGCGGUGGUGGAGGAGUUAAAGAAUGAGGUGAAGGUGAGGGAUUUGGAAGUUCAGAAUUUGAAAGAGAAGCUUGAAGGUGUUGUUGCUCUUUCAAGUAAUGGUAGUGGUGAAAAGAAACCAGGAAGAUCUCAGUCUAAGAGAAAACUAGGAAUUCAAGCAAUUGCAGCAGUGCCAACACAAGAACUGUUUGAAACAACUAUGGUGCAAGUAAGAGAAGCAUCAAAAUCUUUCACAUCUAUGCUUUUAUCUCUAAUGCACAAUGCACAUUGGGAUAUAACAGCUGCUGUUCGUUCAAUCGAAGCAGCUACUGCUUCUACUGACAAAUAUCAUAAUGCUUCGACUUCAUCGAUUGUAUCAGCUCAUCAUGCUAAGUAUGCACUUGAUUCUUAUAUAUCUAGGAAGAUCUUUCAAGGGUUUGAUCAUGAAACUUUCUACAUGGAUGGUAGCCUCUCUUCGCUCCUCAACCCUGAUCAGUUUCGUCGCGAUUGCUUCACUCAGUACAGAGACAUGAAGUCCAUGGAUCCUGCUGAGCUUCUUGGGAUUUUACCUACGUGUCAUUUUGGCAAAUUUUGUUCAAAGAAGUACCUUGCCAUUGUUCAUCCCAAGAUGGAGGAGUCCUUGUUUGGUAACUUGGAGCAGAAUAGUCAAGUCCAAGCAGGAAACCACCCAAGGAGCGAGUUCUACAAUGAAUUUUUAGGGUUGGCCAAGACUGUGUGGUUGCUCCAUUUGCUAGCGUUUUCGUUGAAUCCUCCACCGAGUCAAUUUGAGGCAAGUCGUGGAGCUGAAUUCCAUCCACAGUAUAUGGAUGGUGUUGUGAAAUUUUCUGGUGGACGGGUGCCGGCUGGUCAGGUUGUAGGGUUUCCAGUUAGUCCUGGAUUUAAGCUUGGGAAUGGAUCUGUUAUAAAGGCUAGGGUUUAUUUGAUAGCCAGAACAUAAUGUUUUAGGAGAGAUGAGAGUAAUCAAAUUAUUUGUCUAGCAGGAUUAAUAGGCUAUUGAUGUAAUAUGAAAAUCUUUUGGUUAGGUUAUUGUUUUUCGGGUGAAUUCAGUUGUAACAUACACUCUCAUGACAUUACUUUGAAUUUGACCUUAUAAUGAUAUUAUUAAA